UCGGAGAAUCCCACUGGCGCCGAGCGAAAACUUGGCGUAUUGAAAAUUUACCACGUUAAAGGAAAGUAGCUAAAAUGAAACCGGAUCUCGAUUUAGAUCGUCUUGCGUACGAAACAUUAGUCGAUAAAGCAAAAACGAAAUCCAUUUGGAAAGAUGGUGUGUUUUUGCCGGAAGAAUAUAACAGAAUAGCAGAUGCCGUCGAAAAUUUCGAAGUGCGCGAUGAUGAUGUGUGGGUGUGCAGUUUCCAAAAGUCAGGCACCACCUGGACGCAAGAAAUGGUUUGGGGCGUUACGCACGAUGCAGAUCUAGAAACCACCAAAACCUACCUCAACGAAAGAUUUCCAUUCCUCGAAUUCACAGGAAUAAUCAUCACAGCGAGAGUGGCAAUGCGGGAAAAUCAUCCAGACUUAGAGAGAUGGAUCUACGACAGUGUGAAUUACUGCAAGGAUCUACCUGCGCCAAGACAUAUCAAGUGUCAUUUACCUUUCAACUUGCUACCGCGACAAAUCAGGACCGGCGAGAAGAAGCCGAAAAUCGUGUACGUAGCCAGGAAUCCGAAGGACGUCUGCGUGUCGUUCUAUCAUCACUCGCUAUUGUUGGAAGGAUAUUGCGGCAAUUUUCAGCAGUUUUGCGAGCUUUUCUUGGGGGACAGACUGAAUUACGCACCUUAUUGGAAUCACGUAUUGGGCUUCUGGGAGAAGAGUAAAGGCAUGGACAACAUAAUGUUUAUAAGAUUCGAGGACAUGAAAACGAACCUUCCGGACGUGAUAAGAAAAACCGCAGCGUUCUACGGCAAACAACUGAGCGACUCGCAAGUGAACAAGCUGGCGGAGCACUUGAGCUUCGCGAGCAUGAAGAAGAAUCCGUCGCUGAACAAGGAGAGAACCGUGGAGAUCAUCAGUGAAAUGAAAGUCUUCGGGGAGCACAGGCCCAAAGGCGAAUUCAUUAGGAAUGGCACGGUCGGUCAGUGGAAGGAGAAGAUGAGCGACGAGACGAUCGCAAGGUUCAACAAGUGGAUAGCCGACAAUUUAAAAAAUCACUUGGAUUACAAAGUCUAAUUACAAUUCGUUUGCUUUGCGACAUUUACUUACGGCACGAGUGUACAUCCAAGCACACGAUAAACGAAAAACAAAAGCAAAAGAAAGUAAAUAAAUAAAUAAAUAAAUAA